AUGGACUUCUUUGCGACGGGUGGAUUCCAGCAGCUUUACCACGACUUGGAAGAGGAGCCACUGGCCGGCGGCGAUGCGCUGCUAAAUAUAGUCAGUGUUGGGGAAUUGGAUAGCUCCUAUGUGGAUACUAGCUUUCCCGGCGGCAACUAUAAUCAGCUGGAAUUCCAGGAGUCGGAUUACUAUGGCAUCAUCACCUUAGACAGCAAUAAUAAUACAAAUCCUGGUGGGAAUGUUCAGGUGGCUCUGCCCUAUGGGGAGGAUCCUUCAUUGUUCAUCGACUUCAAUGACCUGACCGUAUGUCCGCCGGACUUGAGUGAUUGGGAGCAGCGGCUACUGGAUAACUAUGUGGAGAUUCCCGACCUGGUGGACUUUCUGCCCGAACGAACACCCCUGUGCACGGAUAACUGUGCGGACUUUCUGGAGGAGAGCAACAGCAAUCUGCGGCUGUCGGGGCCACCACCUUCAGAGAUUUUCGAUCCCGAUCGAUCGUCUUCCUCGCCCGACAGCAGUGAUCCCGCCAGUCCUGCGGAAGUUGCUGCCCCACCUCCUGCCCUCCAGAUGAGUGAAAAUGCCGCCGGCGAACGGGGUUACCUGUGCACCUUCGGCAAUUGCGAAAAGAUCUACGCCAAGCCCGCGCAUCUGAAGGCCCAUUUGCGGAGGCAUCUGGGUGAGAAGCCCUACGUCUGCAGUUGGCCAGAUUGCGUCUGGCGGUUCUCCCGAUCCGAUGAACUGGCCCGCCACAAGCGCUCCCAUUCCGGCGUGAAGCCGUACAAAUGUGACUACUGUUCCAAGUGCUUCGCCAGGUCGGAUCACCUCACCAAGCACCGCAAGGUGCACGAAAGACGUCUUCUGGCCGCCUCCAGAGCUGGCAGAUCCCUGGUCUCCGACGAUCUGUAUGCCGUGCGACCAGGUCGAAAGCGAAAGAACCAGUUAUGA